UAAUCAAAAUAUGGAACUUUUCUGUGAAUAUUACAACUACUCAUCAGCUUUAUCUGAUGAAAUAUCUUAUAUUUGCCGAGUCACAGCAUUCAAUCGAAUCGCAUCAACAGGACGUGUCAUGAGCAUCCAAGGAACUCAUCUAGAAGGCAGAUCCAACAUCGACGUCAACACAUUGAUCGUUGUUGAUCAGAAAAUUGAAAACUUUCCACGUCAUUUAUACAAUUACUAUCCAAACUUAAAGUCAAUCUCAGUCAUAUCAUGUGGAUUGAAAACUUUAUCAAAAGUUGACUUAACUGGAUGUAAAAGGAUUGAGAAAUUGAUGCUGAAUGGAAACUUGAUCACGUCAAUCGAUUCAGAUGUCUUUGAACAUGCUCAAAAUCUUGAGACUAUUUCAUUCUUUAAGAAUCGAAUCUCAUUUGUGCCUGAUAAUGCCUUUGAUGGUCUUAAAAAGUUAAAGAAUGUCAAUUUGGAAGUUAAUUCUGGAAUCGAUUGGAGCUGCCGUGAAAUCAAACGAGGAAGUUUUCUGGAUGAAGUCAAGACAAAUUUGAAGGAGAAUUUCGGUGAAAGAAAAAUCGUUAAAGAUGACAGAAUCAAAUGUAUGGAUUUUUUCAGGGCUUUUCAAUAUUUGGAUAACUUCCGAGCCUUUUACAGUGUUGUGAUUGAAGACUAAAGACAAUAUUUAAAAUAAAAAUACAAAAAUUAA